CCUGUCUCUUCCAGGUCCAUCAUGGAGCCCUUCUGUCCGCUCCUGCUGGCGAGUGUUAGCUUGCCCCUCGCCAGGGCUGGCAAGAGCAACGAGACCACCCCAGCGGAGAGCAACUGGACCAGCACGACGGCAGGACCCCCGGACCCCGGCACCUCCCAGCCCCUGCUCACCUGGCUGCUGCUGCCGCUCCUGCUCUUCCUCCUCUUGCUCCUCCUCGCCGCCUACUUCUUCAGGUUCCGGAAGCAGAGGAAAGCGGCGGUGAACAGCAACGACAAGAAAAUGCCUAACGGGAUCCUGGAAGAGCAAGGUACGGUGCGCACCCCUUCGGCCGGGGCGCCUCUGCCCUCGUUACCAUCGGGACACAUACAAGGAACAUUUGAACUGGCAAACAAAGAUGAAAACCGAGAGAAAAACAGAUACCCCAACAUCCUUCCCAAUGACCGCUCCCGGGUGAUUUUGAGCCAGGUUGAUGGGGUUCCCUGCUCAGACUACAUCAAUGCUUCCUACAUAGAUGGUUACAAAGAAAAGAAUAAAUUCAUAGCAGCUCAAGGACCUAAGCAGGAGACGGUGAAUGACUUCUGGAGGAUGGUGUGGGAGCAGAAGUCAGCCACCAUCGUCAUGUUGACCAACCUGAAGGAGAGGAAGGAGGAAAAGUGCUACCAGUACUGGCCGGACCAGGGCUGCUGGACCUACGGCAACAUCCGCGUGUGUGUGGAAGACUGCCUGGUGCUCGUGGACUACACCGUCCGCAAGUUCUGCGUUCAGCCGCAGCUGGCCGAGGGCUGCAAAGCCCCUCGGCUGGUCUCCCAGCUGCACUUCACCAGCUGGCCGGACUUCGGAGUGCCUUUCACCCCCAUCGGGAUGCUGAAGUUCCUGAAGAAAGUGAGGACCCUCAACCCCUCCCACGCCGGCCCCAUCGUGGUGCACUGCAGUGCGGGCGUGGGCCGGACGGGCACCUUCAUCGUGAUCGACGCGAUGAUGGACAUGAUCCACUUGGAACAGAAGGUGGACGUCUUUGAGUUUGUGUCUCGCAUCCGCAACCAGCGGCCUCAGAUGGUACAGACGGAUGUGCAGUACACGUUCAUCUACCAGGCCUUGCUGGAGUACUACCUCUACGGCGACACGGAGCUAGACGUGUCCUCGCUGGAGCACCACCUGCAGACGCUGCACAGCACCACCGCCCACUUCGACAAGGUCGGGCUGGAGGAGGAAUUCAGGAAGCUGACGAACGUCCGGAUCAUGAAGGAGAACAUGAGGACAGGGAACUUGCCCGCCAACAUGAAGAAGGCUCGAGUCAUCCAGAUCAUCCCCUAUGACUUUAAUCGGGUGAUCCUGUCCAUGAAGAGAGGCCAGGAAUACACGGACUACAUCAACGCAUCCUUCAUCGACGGCUACCGGCAGAAGGACUACUUCAUCGCCACGCAGGGUCCGCUGGCGCACACGGUGGAGGACUUCUGGAGGAUGGUGUGGGAGUGGAAGUGCCACACGAUCGUGAUGCUGACCGAGGUACAGGAGCGUGAGCAGGAUAAGUGCUAUCAGUACUGGCCUUCCGAGGGCUCGGUUACUCACGGAGAAAUAACCAUUGAAAUCAAGAGCGACACCCUGUCGGAAGCCAUCAGCGUGCGGGACUUCCUGGUCACCUUCUGUCAGCCCCUGUCCUGCCAGGAAGAGCAGGUCCGCGUGGUGCGCCAGUUCCACUUCCACGGCUGGCCCGAGAUUGGAAUCCCCGCGGAGGGCAAAGGCAUGAUCGACCUCAUCGCGGCCGUGCAGAAGCAGCAGCAGCAGACGGGCAACCACCCCAUCACGGUGCACUGCAGCGCGGGAGCCGGGCGCACAGGCACGUUCAUAGCCCUCAGCAACAUUUUGGAGCGAGUGAAAGCAGAGGGACUGUUGGAUGUAUUUCAGGCUGUGAAGAGCUUACGGCUGCAGAGACCACACAUGGUGCAAACCCUGGAACAGUAUGAAUUCUGCUAUAAAGUGGUACAAGAUUUUAUUGAUAUAUUUUCUGACUAUGCUAAUUUCAAAUGAAGAUUCCUGCCUUAAAAUAUUUUUUAAUUUAAUGGUCAGUAUAUUUUGUAAAAGUCAUGUUAAUUUAUUUCAUAGUGGACAUUAAUAUUCUUCCUAAUUUCUUUGUAUAUAUUUUUAUGUUUUAAAGGUCAUCUGCUGUAGUUAUUAAAUCAUAAAAUACUUUUUAAAAAUUGGAAUAAUGUAUUAAGGCCCCACAAGACACAUUUCUGCUACUAUCAGCCAACGUCUUAAUUCCUUACGCAAGCCUGACCUGUGAUGUGUAGAUGUCAUCUUCCCUAAGAUGACAACUUGUGCUCAUGCGACACACCAAACCAUGUCCCUUGUUUAAAAAAAAAAAAAAAAAAGAAGAUCGAGGACUUGGAAAUGGGGUCAGAAUUUACUUUCAAUCCCUGAGUUUAUAACUGAACGACAACA